AUGCCCAGCAAUCCUACCGAAUUCGCUAUUCCUGUGACAUCCGAGGAUCCUAAGAAGAAGGACAAGGAGGAGGGCUCUUCUAAGCUUAACAAAGACAAGAAGAAAGAUGGGGAGACCGAAGGGGAAGAAUUAUCUGAAGAAGACCAGCAGCUCAAGGGUGAGCUUGAAAUGCUAGCAGAGCGGCUGAAGGAAUCCAAUGCUGACCUCUAUAAACCGGCGCUGGAAACUCUUCGGACUCUCAUUCGCACAUCCACUUCUUCGAUGACAUCCGUUCCGAAACCACUCAAAUUUCUGCAUCCAUUGUACCCCGGCCUUCAAACGCUCUACGAAACAUGGGAGCCAUCCGAAAACAAGUCUUUAUUCGCAGACAUCUUAUCAGUCUUAGCUAUGACUUAUUCGGACACGCAACCGCGAGGCACUCUUCGUUAUCGUUUACUGGCAGCAGAAAUGCGGCCAGCAGGCUCACCGCUUUCCGACCCUGGAUCAUGGGGGCACGAAUACGUUCGACAUCUUGCCGCUGAACUGGGUGACGAAUACAACAUUCGUGAACAAGAAGAUGACGAGGUUGAACCAGUCAAGGGUUCAUCACCUGUGCUCAAAGUUCCUGGCACAAUUGACGACCUCCGUGCCUUGGCGAAAGAAUGUGCUGUAUUCCUCCUCGACCAUAACGCCGAACCGGACGCUAUCGAUCUUCUUCAAGAGUUGGAGAUGGUGGAGGAAUCAAUCGCUCUUGUCGACAAGAAUACAUAUACGCGCGUUUGCCAAUACCUCAUUGGUUGUGUCAAUUUACUUCCACCUCCGGAUGAUAUUGCUUUCCUUCGAACCGCUCACGCGAUCUAUGCGCGACAAAACAAAUUCCCGGAAGCUCUAGCUCUCGCAAUACGGCUGGGAGAUCAAGAACUCAUCCGAGAGGACUUCAAUACUCCCUCCAACCCACAGAUGAAGAGACAACUUGCUUUCAUUCUUGCAAGAGCGCAGAUACCUAUCGAGUGGUUGCGCGCUAACCCGGACGACGACAUCGACAUAGAGGACGAGUUUCCCGAAGACAUCCGAGAAUGUCUUAGCAACACGCGCCUUUCUACUCAUCUGCGUGAAUUCGGCAAAGAACUCGGUGUUACAGACGCGAAGAGCCUCGAAGAAGUUUACAAGACGCAUCUUGAAAACACAAGGCCAAACGCGCUUGCCAACGUCGAUUCAGCGCGUGGUAAUUUGGCUGGCUCGUUCGUCAACGCAUUCGUCAACGCCGGGUAUGGGAAUGAUAAGCUGAUGGUUGAGGCGGAAGAAGGCAAUUCAUGGGUGUACAAGAACAAAGAGCACGGUAUGUUAAGUGCUGCCGCAUCUCUUGGCGUCAGCCUCUUGUGGGACACUGAAGUCGGUCUCUCACAUAUCGACAAAUACACCUACUCCUCCGAGGAGUACAUCAAAGCCGGUGCACUUUUGGCUACCGGGAUCCUCAGCAGCGGUGUUCGAACUGAAGCUGAUGUCGCGAAGGGUUUGAUCGGGGAGUAUGUCGACAACAAGUCCGUUCCUCUCAAAACUAGCGCCAUUGUUGGUCUUGGUCUUGCAUAUGCAGGGGCUCAUCGUCAAGACCUGUUGGAACUAUUGCUUCCGCAGGUAUCAGACGAUGUUAGCAUGGAGAUUGCUGGUCUCGCCGCGCUCGCCCUCGGAUUUAUCUUUGUCUCCAGCGAAAACGGCGAAAUUACUGGAACGAUUCUUCAAGUGUUAAUGGAGAAGGCAGAGCAGAACGACGCGUCUCUGGAUGAGAAGUGGGCGAAGUUCAUGACAUUGGGUCUGGGCCUCUUAUAUCUUGGCCUCCAAGAUGCGUCGGACACGACCAUCGAAACGUUGAAGGCGAUAGAACACCCAAUCGCCAAGACUGCGCAGGUUAUUGUGGAAGGGUGCGCCUUCGCUGGCACGGGAAAUGUGCUGAAGAUCCAAGCCAUGCUGCACCACUGCGACGAGCAUAUUGUGGAGAAGAAAGAGGAGAAGAAGGACGACAAGAAAGAGGACGCUGCUGCCACGACAGCGCCGACUGCCGGAACAGCGGCAACAUCGGAGGCGACGCCGAAAGAAGAGGACAAAGAGGAUACGAAGCCUGGAAAGCAAGAUGAUACCUUCCAGAGCUUCGCCGUCCUCGCCGUUUCGCUGAUCUCGAUGGGUGAGGAGAUUGGUGCGGAGAUGGCGUUAAGACAGUUCCACCACUUGAUGCACUAUGGCGAGCCUGUUAUCCGAAAAGUAGUCCCUCUAGCAAUUGGACUGAACAGUGUUUCAAAUCCUCAGCUGCCCAUUCUGGACACGCUCUCGAAGUACAGCCACGACAACGAUCUCGCCGUUGCACUGAACGCCAUUUUCGCUAUGGGGCUCGUCGGCGCAGGGACAAACAACGCGCGUUUGGCGCAAAUGCUUCGUCAAUUAGCGGGCUACUACUACAAAGAGCCAGAUUGUCUCUUCAUGGUCCGUGUCGCUCAGGGCUUGGUGCAUAUGGGCAAGGGGACCAUUGGUCUUAACCCGUUCUACUCUGACCGGAGUAUCAUGAGCCGUCCUGCCGUUGCUGGCUUGUUGGCGGUUCUAACGGCCUUCACGGAUGCGAAACACUUCAUCCUCGAUAAAUACCACUGGAUGCUUUACUUCCUUGUGCCCGCGAUGUAUCCGAGGUUCCUGAUUACUGUCGACGAAGAGCUCAACCCCAAGCCGGUAACGGUUCGGGUUGGACAGGCUCUAGAUGUCGUUGGCCAAGCAGGCAAACCCCGAACAAUAUCUGGUUUCCAAACACACCAGACACCAGUGAGGUUGGCUACCAAAGAUCGUGCGGAGUUGGCAACAGAGGAGUACAUUCCAUUUGCGCCGGUGCUCGAAGGUAUUGUGAUCCUCCAAAAAAAUCCAGGGUGGGAAAAAGAGGACAAGAUGGAGUUGUAG